CACUACAAGCAGUGGCACAGUGGCAGUGGAAAGUGGAUUGAAUUUAAUAUCUCAUCUGAUUUGAUAAAUAUUUCAGCUAAACUAAAUCUAUUAUUCUAUAAGUGAAUGAAUCCAAGUUUGUGAUAGUGAUGAAAUGAGUAAUUUGUGCAAUAUCAUUCAGAAAAAAUUGAUAAAUGUUCAAUACUACAUAGUUUUAUGUGAUGAAAUGCAUAUGUUGUUCGUAACAUAACCUGCAUGUUGACUAUUCCAAUUAAUUAUUGAGAUGUUACUCAGGAUUUAAUCUUCAAAAGUUCUCAUUACUAGUGUAUUUAUCAUGAAAUCUUAUUUUGGCACUUAUGUUCAUUGAUAAAAAUGGCAUCUACUCAACCUGUAAGUCGUGGUAGCUCAAACCACCAACUAAGCCACCAAAGUCAUCAUCACCAUCAUCAGAGCAACCACCAUCAUCAUCACAACAAUAAACAAUUCACCUUUAGAAAUUAUAAGCUUCUGGUAGAUCCAGUUCUUGUGAAAGGUUCUACUAAAUUGUAUAGAUAUGAUGGUCAUGACCCAACUCUUCCUCCUGUUCAGUUGAGGGAUCCAAGGAGUAAUUUACCUCGCUAUUGGACUAGAUUGGAGUUCUUGGAUCUACCAGUGCCAAGAUUCAAGAUCGAUUCAAAUUAUGUGGGUAACCCUCCGCCAUUGGAAGUUACUAUUUACAACCUCAAUGACAACAUUGACAAUGCUUUUCUCAAAGAUAUGGUACGAAAGUUUGGAGUGAUUGAUGAGCUUCUCAUUUACUAUCAUCCAUUGACUAACAAACAUUUGGGACUAGCAAGGAUUGUGUUCGAAGAAACAAAGUCAUCCAAGCUAUGUGUAGAAAGAUUGAACGAUACGUCUGUUAUGGGCAAAGUACUCAGGGUGUUUCUGGAUCCGUUUGGUCAUGAAUGUCACCGUAUUUUCACUGACUUUACGAAAGAGAAGAAAAUUCCUAAAAAAGAAGACAAAUAUGACAGCUCUGUUGACAGUAAAAGAAACAAAGAGGAGGACAUUGCACCAAAGCAAUGUAUGACUGCAAGUACAAAUUCAGAAGAAAGCGUUGAUGAAUGGUCGGAGAAAGGAGAAAGUAAGAGUCGUGUGGACUACAGGGUAAACUAUUCAACUCCUGAUUCGGUAUCGAGGGCAAGCUAUUCCACCCCCGAAUCGAUAUCCAGUGAUCAGGGCUAUCGAACAGCUACACCAUCGUCUUCAUCUUCGUCAUCCUCAUCGACUAGCGAGUUGACUUUCUCCUACCCGCCUCCAGUGCCACCGCCUCCCUUCCAUCCACCGUUGCCUCCAUACCAUCAGAUGAUGCCGCCCCCAGUGGCACCUUGGACAGCUCCCGCCCCCUGGUGUCCAAUCCGCCCCCCUCUGCCGCCGCCUCCACCAAUGCAUCACCACCACCCCCACCCCCAUCCUCACAUGCACCACCCUCCACUCACCUUCAGUUGGAACUCGCAUUCGCCCGCUUUCCCAGUUCACGUCGACAGUCCACCCUAGGAGGUCUCCAAGAGUUUGGAUUUAGAUACUAGGAUUGAGAUGUUACUGAAGGAGAGGUCAGAUGGUAAUGCUCCCUCGUUUCUCAGCAUCAUGAGUAGUGAUUCCGAGGAAGAAAAAGAGAAAGUAGUGCCGAAAAGUACUGCGAAAGUCAAGUCGAAGACGAAAUCCAGCCGGAGAAAGAAAUCUGUGGAUUCCGAUGAAGAACUGAACGUACCGCCUCCACCUGGUGUUGACGAUGAGGCUGAUCUGCCACUCUCACAGCCUCCUUCGCCCUUCCUCUCAAUGGAGAUCUACCUGGAAUGCUUCAGAAAAGGCGCGCAAGCCGCCAAGAAGGCCGAGCUGCAAAAUGUUUCUAACGACCCGAUCCACAGUGAGAUCAGUUCGAGUGACGAUGAAAUACUGAAUCGCAUGAGUCCCAAGUCUGACCACAAGAUGACUCCGACUAACGACGAGUUGGAUGAUCGGAUGAGUCUGUCCAGUCUGAGUUCGAAUGAGGGUGGAAUAGAGGAGCUGCCUCCGAUCGAAAUGCCUCCGAUCGAACUGCCUCCCAUGUCAGUGCCGCCUCCGUUCCCUAUCUUCACCGCCCCUCCGCCAGUAUUCUUCCCUGCUCCUCUUCCUCCUAAUCCACCCUUCUGGCCUAAUGCUCCGCCUCCUCCUCUUACCUCUUUGCCACCUCCUCCCCCCAACAUGCCUCCUCCACCGCGGCUCAUUCUCAACUUCACUCAACCGCCCCCAAUCAUCACUGAUCCGCAUAUGAGAACCAUAAACGCUGUUAUAGACAAAAUAGCAUGCGAGCUCAAACAAAUUCUCAAAAAAGACUUUAAUAAGAAAAUGGUUGAAAAUACUGCUUUCAAAGCAUAUGAAAGCUGGUGGGAUGAACAAUCUGCCAUUUCCAAGAAUGCACCUCCAGCUGAUACUAGUCAGCAGCAGCAGACAACCACAGGACCUGGCAACGCUGCAGUUAGCAGCGAGAGUAAAAUCUCUUCGAUAUUUGAGACGAACAAAGAUAGUAUCGAUCCUAUCGCCAGUGGUCUGGGGCUGGGCUUCAGAGCUGCACUUCCUAAGAUGCCUUCGUUUAGAAGAAAAAUUAAGGCCCCUUCACCAGUACCGAUGGAUGAGUCAUCAAUACAGGAUGUUGAGGACAUCAUUCAACGGUCUGAUAACGAAUCACAGGAUGCACACGAUGUGUCAAAUACUCGAACAAAAGCAGAAAAGCAUGUAUCACCGCUUCCCUCUUCAUCCUCCUCUUCCUCAUCCUCUUCGUCCUCAUCCUCUUCUUCAUCCUCUUCCUCGGAUUCAGACUCAAGCACUUCUGAGGAUGAAGCUGAAGAAUCUGCUGUUGAAGAGCCCGCCAAAGAAAGUGCACCUAAAAAAAUCGACAUGAUCGACGUUCUUGACAUCGAGGAAUAUUGUGGUUUUCGAACUCCGGAGGGAUGCUGUACACCAGUACCAGAAGAAUCCGAUUGGUGGCUUGAUGGUUUUGAAGAACAAAAUGAGAGAGAUGAAGAAUCAACAUUGAGUGCUGAUGAGACCGCGGAAGAGCUAGAAACAAAGCUGGACUCCGAUAUUGAUACCGCUGAUGUUGUAGAACCGGAAGAAAAGCUCGAUUCUGAAACUGAGACCACUCAGGCUUCGUUUGAGGAGACACCCUCGUUACCUGUUACCCACGAGCCUCUUCACCUCGAAACACCACCAAAAUCUGCUCCUCAACUGACCUCUACUUCCAAAUCACUUCCACAGACAGGUAGCCCGACUAAGCGACUGGCCAGAUUGGCAAGGGAAACAAUGGAUCCCCUAGCUCGACUAACCUGCCUAAUAGCAAUCGAACAUGCGUACUGCAACAGAACUCAGUCUCCUGUCGACUUCGGGAGAAAAUCGGGAGAAUUGCUUGAUCAUAACUAUUCGUCCAAUCAGUCGCUGUUACAUGAUCAUGGCAGUUACAGCAACACUAAAAUCGUCACUAAACGCGCCCCCAAACAGAAGCCUCCGGUUAGCCUCGGAUUGCCAAAGACAACACCCAAAAAAAUCAAAACCCUUCCUCCUGUACCUAAAAAGCCACCUACUCCGGUUCAGCCACCAAGUACAUUCAAGAAACGCGAAGUGAUGGAUGAGAUGGGAAUCCUCUACUCGUUCUUGACGAAGGGUAUUGACGCGGAGGAUAUCUCCUACUUGAAAAGGAGUUACGAAGCUCUUCUCUCCGACGAUGUUCAAGGCUACUGGCUCAACGACACUCAUUGGGUUGAUCAUCCAGUGACAGACUUGCCUUCUGCAAAGAAACGGAAGCGAGAAAACGACAUUCCUCUUCACUCUACUGGGUGUGCAAGGACUGAAGGCUACUAUAAACUCGACGUUAAACAGAAGGCAAAACAUAAGUAUCAUUUCGGCCAGACAGCUCCGGUGGUGGGAGGUGCCACACAGGCGCAAUCUAACGACAAAAUAGAGGGAAGACCGAAGAAGUCAGCAGGCGGCAAAAUGCAGACGAUAUCCCGCGAGGCUAGAAGCAAUCAGCGACGUCUGUUGGCUGCUUUCAGUGCAUGCACUGACAGUGAUCUGUUGAAAUUCAACGGGUUGAAGUUCCGGAAAAAGCAUUUGAAGUUCGCCAAGUCGGCCAUUCACGAUUGGGGUCUGUUCGCAAUGGAGCCAAUUGCCGCAGAUGAGAUGGUGAUCGAGUAUGUGGGCCAAAUGGUUCGUCCAGUGGUCGCCGAUCACAGGGAACGCCAGUACGAGGCCAUAGGUAUUGGCAGCUCCUAUCUGUUCAGGGUUGACUCGGACACUAUCAUUGAUGCCACGAAGUGUGGAAAUCUUGCCCGAUUCAUCAAUCAUAGCUGUAAUCCGAAUUGCUACGCCAAAAUUAUUACCAUUGAGAGUCAGAAGAAGAUCGUCAUCUACUCUAAGCAGCCGAUUGGAAUCAAUGAAGAAAUCACAUACGACUACAAAUUCCCCAUAGAAGAGGAAAAGAUCUCAUGUUUGUGCGGUGCCCAAGGAUGUCGAGGAACCUUGAACUAAUUUUUCCUCUAAAACAAAAAAUAUAUUUCAACCUUAAGACAUUGAACCAAUGAUAGAGACUUUGGUUGUAUUAUUUUGUAUGUGUAUUCUUAAUUAUUGUAUAGAAGUCUUGAUUUUUUGUAUCAUCAUCAUGUAGUUGUGUAUUGUGUUGUGUAUUAGUUGUCUCUUGCCUGAAAAUUAAUGAAUGUUAUUGAUAUCAUUUUUGUUCUUAAAAUCGUGACUUAUUUUCAGAAUCACAUUCAGUUGAUGAAAUUAUGCGUGGAAAAAUAUUUACAAAUGAACUUGAUCAUAAAUGAUUUUAUUCAUGAAGACUAAAGUACUCAAAGUACUUGAUUCAAUGUUCCACUCAUAAGCAAGUCGGGCUUCCAUAAUUCAUUUUACAUGUUCACAUUAUUUAAUAAGAAAUAUUACAUUACUGGAAAUUAUUAAGUUACUCAGUAGAAAACACAUUUAAAAAAUGUUCUGCUUUCUAAAACUUUCAAUUUUUAGUUUAUUUACUUAUCAUUUUAUUCAAAGCUUCUAUGGAAAACCUCAUAUUUCAAGUUCAUAAAUGAUCCGUUAUUCAUUUUUCUCAAUUUCUCGACUUGAAGAAAUUCAUAGGAAUAACAAAAUUGUUUGUUGAACAAACAGAAUGAUCAGCUCCUGAACUUUAUAGUUCUCUUGCCAAUGUCAGUCUUUUUUCUAUGUUUGUAUAAUGUGAAUAAUAAAUGUUGAUUUUUGUACAAUAGGUAUAAGUACAUCUGUAAAUAUGUUUAGCUACGAAAAGUAAUAGAACUCAAAGAUAAUUGAAAUUAGGAAACCCUAUGUCAGAUGAAACGGUUGAUUUAUAUUUUCACAAAUAUAGGGCCCUUAUUGUGUAAGCAAUGAAGACAAAGAAAAGCAGGUUAAGUAUGUUUAGUAAGUAGACAAGUUCAUUGUAAUUGAAAUCUGAAAAAUGUGAUUAAAACAGCAUUUCAUGAUUGAUAAUAAAACAAAAAGCAUUGUGUUCAUUUCAUGAAAGAUUAAAUUUGUAAAAUUAAAUGUUUUUGAUGUUUCUAUACCAAUACUUAGAAUUAAUUUUAACUAUCAACUAUCUGUAUUCGGUAUUUACAAAUAUUGUUCUGUAAUGAAUUACAAAUAACUGUGUUAUUUACAAAUAUUUGACGAUUUGUUCCAAUAAAAAUUGGUUCAAUAAGUAUUUGUUCUACUACCCAAAACGUAAAAAUCAAUUUAUAUAAUUAUUAUGAUUUAAUUCAUUCAUAUAUGAAGUUUUAUAACAUUGAUGAAGACUAUUAUUUCUCUUUAUUCGAAUCUUGGUCCAUUUUAUUAUCAUCAUCAAUUUACGAAAAAACACAGUAGGCUACAUAAAUACGGUAAGUUUGUAAAAUUAAAUGUUUUUGAUGUUACUAUACCAAUACUUAGAAUUAAUUUCAACCAUCAACUAUCUGUAUUCGGUAUUUACAAAUAUUGUUCCGUAAUGAAUUACAACUAACUGUGUUAUUUACAAGUAUUUGACGAUUUGUUCCAAUAAAAAUUGGUUCAAUAAGUAUUUGUUCUAAUACCCGAAACGUAAAAUUCAAUUUAUAUUAUUAUGAUUUAAAUCGAAAGAAACACAGUAGACUACAUAAAUAAGUACAGACAUGUGAAAAAAGUGUACUGGUCUGAUUUACAGGUAAGAUUAUUCUACCUUCUAUCAAAUCAUAGUCAUAUGAUUGAUGAUACUACUUCAUAGUUCGGUAUUGUAAAACUCGAUGUCUAUCAAUAUUUUUUAUGUCAUGAAUAAACUGUGUUAUUCUUGAA